CGGCUCUUGCGCCUGCGUCCUCGGCCCCUGCCAGUCGCUGUGGCUGGGAUCGGGAAGUGUCAACUGCGAGCCCGGUUCCCCGGCCUUCGCCGCCACCACCCCUGACCCGGGAUCCCACAGCCAGGCCCGGGCCCAGCAGCCAUGACAAACGUGUACUCUUUGGAUGGGAUUCUGGUGUUUGGCUUGCUCUUUGUUUGCACCUGUGCUUACUUCAAGAAAGUACCUCGUCUCAAAACCUGGCUGCUAUCAGAGAAGAAGGGUGUUUGGGGUGUGUUUUACAAAGCUGCUGUGAUUGGAACUAGGCUGCAUGCUGCUGUGGCAAUCGCCUGCGUUGUAAUGGCCUUUUACGUCCUGUUUAUAAAAUGAAUUCCAAAUCAUCGAACUCAUCAACUGCCAACCAAGGGGCUGCAGGUGAAGAACCAGGGUCCUGGGCCCAGUGUAGAGAGUUCAGCUAAAAUCAUCAAACUCCCCAGGAUGACACCAGAGCAUUGCCCUUGGUAUAUUUGGGAAAAACUCUUCGUGGUCACGCACAUUGUUUCUGCUUCAUGAGACUCCAGAAAGCCAACUUCUUUUGUUCUGUAUGUAAAUCAGUCCUUGAGAGAGUGCUGUAAUGUCCAGAUAAAUCACGCCCUUUGGUGAUAAGAUUCCAUACCUGCUGCUUAAAGACCUGUCACCUAUUUUGUUCUUAAGCCCCUCAUCAGGGUCUUUUCAAACUGAGACUCAUUAGUGAAGGACACUGACUGUGUUCAGACCUCUUGGAAAGAGAUAAUUUUCAAGACUUGACUUUUUUUCCCCAGUUUGAUUUGGAUUUGGCAAAUUAGUGGGGACAGGGAGUGUCUGAGUAGGAAGCAGAAGUUAUGCAAUCCCAAGGAAUUGUUUGGCUUUGAAAAUUUAUUUUCAUUUACCCAUGUGGGAACAUAAGAGAAAGACAUGGCCCUCAUUGCAUAAAGAAAACAUGAAAUAGCUGUGCUGUAUGCUGGUAGCUCAGGAGUUUUGCCAAGAGAAUCUGAGUUUAUAUAAAAUUUGGAAAAUUAUAAUCUAUCUGUGAUGAGACUAGAAAGCAGUGACUUAGACAAGGAAAAAUUUUCUGUUUACCAUUAUCCCCAAGUGGAGAUUUCACAUGAUCCAUUGGUAUAUGGAGAACAAAUCAAUUGUUGCUAUUUUCCUCAAGCCUUUUUAUAUUUUCUAAAUUACUUUGUGCUGAAUACUAUUACUCAUACAGUUUUAAAUGCCACCACUAGGGGAAAGAAAGUAGUGAAGAAAUACUUGUUUAAUAUAUUUGCAGUUAGGGUAGAAGAAAUAAAUCUGCUAUAUUAAUUGAUAUAUUAGUAAAGCCACAUAGUAUAAGAACUGUUUAUGAUAUUAGAUGGAACUUUCUUCAUGUUAUCCAAGACACAAACUUUUUCUGUGGUUCAGCCUGGAUUGUUGUGGCAAUUUUUAGUUGAUUAUUUGUUUUCCUAGCCAACCCUUAAUUUUCUUCAUAAUACAGUGCUCUUUAGCUGUUCUUUGGAAAUUCUGUUUACUCUAAGAACAUGAGAAAUUCUAAUGGAUGAGAGAGAUUGCUGAUAUUCAUAGGCAUGUUUGGACAGGUCAUAAAAUCCAUGAGUAAAAUGAGAGUGUUUUCAUGUUUUCUAAAUUAAAGGAAAACAGGGUUUGCAUUGAGACUGAUGGACUUUUCCAUGGAGUAUGGUAACUUCUGAGCAAAUCACUUCAGAUAACCUAACAUUUGAAGGGAAGGCCUCACCAUUCCCUCUUACUUCUAUAUCUGCAAAAGGAUCAGCCAUUGGUUUUAUAAAAACUGGAACUUCUCUAUUUAAAAGAGUAGGUCUAAAAUUAUUGUAAAAAGCAAGCAUAUACAUAGGUCUGCCUAUGCCUAAAUUAAUUGCCCAUUUAGGUACAACAAAGGGAAUUUAUCCCUGAAUUAUCUGUGGACAAGUUAGCUAUGGUUGACCUCUUUGUUGCAGUGAAUUAGAUCUUUUGUCUACUCAUCCAAAAGAAUAAAAGCUGCUAGGAAGUUUAGGUUCUGAAAUAUGCAAUUUAGUGCUUUGAGGGUUUUUGGAAGUAGGAAGUCAUCAAGUAAACACUACAUGUCUAAUCAUCUCAGAGUUGUGGAUUUUAUCUCCAGGAAUUGGUCCACAGGGUAAAUUUCAGUGAUUCAGUUUGUUUUCCAUUGUCAUUUCUGAGGAUCUUGCACAUGAGAGAAAGGAAAUCUGUUGGAACCAGAAAGAAGUGUUACACCUUGUGGGUGUGUUUGGGACCUGUUGGCCAAAGGGAGUGUCAGUCCCUGGAAACCCAUAUUUAGAAUGUUUUGCACUGGUUAUUUUGUAGCUUUAAUGACUUUUGUUUUUUAUUUAAUAGGGCUUUUAAAAUAGCUUCAUAUUUUAAACUAGUUCUCCAUUUCACAGUUCUAAUUGUUCCAGCCAAUUUUCACAGCCUUUUGGGUAGGUCGUCUCAACCUAAUUGUUGUAUUUUGAGGUGUUUCCAUACCAAAAUGUACCAAAAAGUACAUAGGAUGAAGGAAACAGAUACAUAGCUUAUUUCAUUUUUUGACUUUAUGUAAGCAGGUAAGCAGAAACUUGUUUAGCUCAUUAUUUUGGUUGAUUAUUACUUUGGUUGAUAUCUCUUACACAUUUUUUACUACAAAUUAUAGGAAGUUGUUCCUCUGGGGGAGUCUUUUAGGGGUGGAGACAUGGGGAUAGCAAUAUUGCCUCAGAUUUAAACUGGCAUCACCAUAAACCCUGUAUGUCAGGUUGGAACGAAGUCAGCUCCUUUUUAUAGUUAAAAUACAGUUUUUUUAUUCACCACUGUCUGCACAAAUCCUUGAAAAUAAAAUUUCUUUACCUAAAA